AAUAAGUCGGUAUCAACACGCUUGUCGAAGAUUCCCAUGGACAAAGAAGAAAAGCCAAUAUGGACGACCACGUCAAAUGAACCCCCAGGGCAUGACAUCUUCUGCACUCCCGAAAACAGCGAAUUCCUGUCAAGAGUACAAUAUCAAAGUCUAAAUACAAACGACAGAGAAAUUCGCCUUCUCAAGAUCCUACCCGAUACGCGGUCUGGCUUCAUCGAAUGCGAGCUAUUGCCCAGCGCGAAACUCGCUGAUGUGCAUAAGCAAUACCUUGCACUGUCGUACUGCGCAGGCGAUGCGCGCAACACGAAACCAAUUAUAGUCAAUGGAGCGAGAUGCAAUGUCUUUGCCAACCUGCACCACGCCUUGAAGACAGUUCGCCAUUAUUGGAAGACGCAUAGAGAGAUCUCAUCAAGUUGGGUUCAUGAGAGCCAUUUAUGAGAGUGCAAGUGAGACUCUUAUUUGUCUAUCCGUCACUGAGACGCGAGGAGAUGGGAUGCGAUGGCUUGUGCAACUAGAACGAAUCCUUGGAAAUGGGUUGAUUCUCCAGGCCAUGUUUCCCCCAGAAGACCAGCCACGUUCACGACGCAUCGUCUCAAGUUUUCGGUUUCAAUAUAAGAUGCAGCAGUGCCUAAGUCAGUCCGAGUUUGUUGAUGGUUGGAUCGAGUUCUGCAAAGUCCUGAGCAGUCCAUGGUGGGAAAGAGCAUGGGUCUUUCAAGAGUUUAUGGUAUCCUCUCGAGCGACGUUUCUCUACGGCCAGCAUUCUAUGGAUCACGCGCUCAUGCUAUUACUCAUGCCCGACCUCUGUAUAUCGACGCUAGGGAUCCUUUUUGAGCCAACCAAGACCCGCGGAACGUGUGUCAAGAAGAAGCUGAAGCGUGCCAAGGUCACUCGUACCCAGGUUUCACGAUCUAUUUCCAAGGUUCUCAGUGUCUUUCUCGCCAAAAACGAGUGGUAUAGAGAUUAUGAUCUGAAGAAACUUCUUGUAUACACGCAAAACAGUCAGUCUUCUGAUGAGCGGGAUCGGAUCUACUCUAUGGUCGGGCUUGCGAACCCUGGUUACGCAAUAAUACCGGACUAUUCAUCUGAGAACGGGUUUGACAGGCUUCUUGUGAAGACGACAAGACGUAUUAUAGAAUUUGAGGAUAGCCUGGAAGUCCUGUCAUACCUAAGCCGUGGAAACCCGCCGUCUACUGGCUGCAGAAAGCUGCAGCCCUCAUGGGUUGUCGACUGGACCACAGUUCAGUCGGUACCCUCCUGGGUCGUUGACUUGGCCGAAAUCCGACAUCUCCCUGAGGCAACGCCAUAUAGGGCAGAGAUUGAGUCGGGAGUCAGUAAUCAUUACAUCAAAGCUGGAUAUGCCGAUGCUUCAUUCAUCCAGCUCCCGCAUCCGGUAUACCCUGGAAUGAAGACUACAGCAUUGCAGGUGUGGGCUGCGCUCCUGGAUUCCGACUUCCUUAUUAAUGAUCAAAAUAUGUUUGUUAGUCAAAAUCUUUUCGCAUUCAAGGCUAAAUUUCCAGUCCAAAGGGAUGACGAGCUUUGGGUUCUCUGCGGCUCAUUAGAGCCCUUUCUUUUGAGGAGAUGUUCGGACGGCUACUGCAUUGUUGGACCAGUACUUUGCUUGACUUUGACGUUCCAGCCCUUUUGGGGGAUAUCUGGACGUUUGGACGAGUACAUUGAUGAAUCGGGAGACCUUGACCCUUUCAAGAUGGAAAGGAAAAGGAUCACGAUCUUUUAGAUAGAAACCCUCAGUAGUAGCUACUUCUGUUACUGUAUGAUGGUAAUAGGGUGUCUUGCUUUUGGCAGCUAGAACUAUUUACUGAGGAUAUGCUGCACCGUCAGCUCUAGGAUCACUACCAGCAG